AUGUCUGCAUUUACCAACCUCACCCUGGACCCAAAUGCAACCUUAAGCUACUUUUUGAGCCACAAACUGGUUCGAGAUCUAACCCAAAGAUUACUUCUCUGGAACCAGACCCAAAAUGCAUCUCUAUUCCUGGACAACCAGACUUUAUCUGACCUUUACCAGGCCACAAAAGAAGGAAACGCCUAUGGACGAGGCAGUAUAUCUAUAGUCAUCACAAUUACAGUGAUCUAUCUAAUAAUUUUCCUCACUGGAAUAGUUGGUAACAUCAGUACAUGUGUUGUGAUUUCCAAGAACAAGUCGAUGCAUACUGUUACAAAUUACUAUUUGUUCAGUUUGGCGGUUUCUGAUCUACUUUUGCUGAUCAGUGGCGUGCCUCUGGAGGUGCACAAGUUGUGGUAUCCUUACAGAUUUGGGUUUGGAGAGCAUGUUUGUAUAAUUCAAGGACUGUUUGCAGAGACUUCUGCUAAUGCUACUGUUUUGACCAUCACUGCUUUUACUAUUGAGCGAUAUGUGGCGAUUUGUCACCCUUUCUUGUCGCAUGCUGCAUCCAGCAAACUUUCUAGAGCCAUCAGGUAUAUAGCAGUUAUCUGGCUCCUGGCCCUCGGUUUGGCCAUUCCCCAGGCCAUGCAAUUCGGAGUUGUUCUGGAAUACAACGGGAUGACCCAGUGCACUUUCAAAAGAGAAGUGGUGGAAUACGCCUUCGAAGUCUCCGGUUUUGUUUUCUUCGUGGGUCCCAUGACGGUUAUAACCGUCCUGUAUGCGUGUAUUGGAGUCAAAUUGAGGAGAUCCAGGUUGGUCAGGUCAGACAACGGUGGAAACGCAAGUACAAAUUCAGGAAAAAAUAGCCUGAACAAAUUUAGAGUCAACGGAUCGCAGACAAAAGUCAUCAGAAUGUUGGAGUAUCGUAAUUUAUUACAAAGAUCUAAAGAACUACUUUUCCUUAAUGGAUUGUUACGUAAUGAGUUUUUCUUUGUAGAACGUUAA